CAGGGUCACAUACUCAUUGGCCUAUUGACAAAAAGGAUUUUUCACCCAAGGACUAAACUACAGACAAACUGAUACAAAUGGCCGUCCAAAUACUGUCCAUAGGUUUCGUCCUGCUACUACUGUGCUAUCCCAUCAAUGGUUUACCAAGCCGGCCCAACUCCAACAUUGAGUUCAACAGCGACGUAGAGCAGUCACACCUCUUGCUGAGAGAGAGAAGCUCUCACACUGCGUUUGACUCCAGACACAAUGGUCACACAGAGAAUGGGCUGCUUGAGGAAGAUUCUGAAUUGAUGUUGGUCACCCCAACAAGCAAGUCCGGCCCCAGAAUUGAACUGCGUGCCCUUGCCUCAAAGGAGGAAGGCCUAUCUGCCAAGAAGAAGUCUUCAGACAGCCUGUCACGAUUUCUGCGGGAAACUGUAGAGGAGGGUUCAGGCCAAUCAGAAGACACAACAACGGCAACAACAGCAGCAGCAGCAACAACAACAACAGCAUCUCCAAUAACCACUCCACGUUACAUAGUUGCAAUGACCUUUGCGAUGACCAGAACCUACAUUGCUGAUUACAACAACCCUCAAACUCAAGCUUACCAGACGCUGGUUGCUUCCAUUGUUACCUGGUCGGAACCAAUCUACAAAGCGAAGUAUGGGUCAAGGUUCUUCCGAGUUGCUGUCAAGUCGCUGAGGGCCGUGACCCGCUAUCGCGCAGACAACACAGAGGCAGAGAUAGAUGUGGAGUUUGAUCAGUCUGUGCCAGAUAUUGUCCCUGAGACAACGGAGGUGCUUCAGCAACUGCAAGAAGCGGCCAGCCCCGCCGACCUGUCUGUGGAUACAAGCACCAUCUCCGUUCUCCAUGAGCCAAAGGUGAUGGCCAAUGUUCAGUUCACUACCACCAAUGGGACUACUUCUACCGUUACGCUGGCCGCUGUCAACUCAACUGCCUACCGUGACACAACAUCCAGAAUUAAAUCCGAGUUGGAGCCCUUCUUUCUGGAAGAUUACUCUACAAACUUUGUCUCUUUGAACCCCACAACAUAUGCUGAUGGGACAGUUUUCGCGAACUCCUAUGUGACCCAGUCAAACCUGUACUUCACAUACAACGCUACAUUGCCAAGUGCAACCGCCAUAUACAACACCAUGGUGCGAGCAGCAGCAAGUGGCAACCUGACUAUUAACAUUGUCUCUGUGAAUGGCACAGCCGUCAGCUCAGGAAGCAUCACCAGCAGGAUCAGUCUUGGAACCACCUUCAGCCUGACCCUUCUGGCCGUCAUUGCCACGCAGUCCUGGUAGACGCCCAGCCCCCCCCCCACCCCCCCAAUCAACUCCACAUGAAGGAAAUGUUUCCACCUUUGAUGGGCAUUGCAUGAACAUUUGCACAGCCCUGACUGAAUGAAGACCUGGAAACAAAAGAAAAGGUCUUACAAUGAAUGGACUUUGUUUUUUAUUGAAAUAACCAAUGGUAGGACUGUAUGGUUAUGUAGUGUGAACAAUGCAAUGUUAUCUAUUUAUAACGUUAUUUUUCUAUUUAUUUAUUGGAUGUAGCAUAUCAAUUGUGAGGAGUAUGUAUUAUGUUGGAACAAGAGAGAAUGUGUAUGGUGUCUGUAUGUGAGUGAGUGUGUGUGUGUGCGUGUGUGUGUGUGUAUGUGUGUGUGUGUGUGUGUGUUUGUGUGUGUGUGUGUGUGUGUGUGUGUGUGUGUGUGUGUGUGUGUGUGUGUGUGUGUGUGUGUGUGUGUGUUUGUGUGUGUGUCUUUGUAUUUAUUUAAGUUUAUAUGUUGCACUUUAACCAGUUUCCAUAUGUUUUAUAGAGGUUUAUUAUGGUCAUGUGAUCAAUAGAAAAUGCCUGGUGCACUUUCAGGUCUCUGACAGAAAUAUGUGUAUAAUGAAAUAAAAAUAUGAAUGCAAGAGCAAAAUGA